CAAGGUGUGAAGCGUAUCAUGGUAGUAGCACCUGGCUUCAUGAGCGACUGCCUGGAGACAAUAGAGGAACUGGAGCACGAACUCGCACGCAUUUUCAGAUCGGCCAAAAGAGCGCCGUUACGCACUGCAGAUACCUACGGCUUGUACUUCACUCAUCUGCGGUAUCUGUUGUGCAUCUUCAAAUACCAAAUCAAAAAAUAA